GCCUUUCUUGUUGGGAAAGAUUUUGGAGCUUUGCCUGCAUACCUAGUAGCUGCUCUCCACCCAGAGCGGGUAUCCGGCGUCAUAACCCUAGGUAUUCCUUUCAUCCAACCAGGCCCCUCUGCUGUCCAAAAUCAUCUCCUCCCUGAAGGCUUCUACAUAUCAAGGUGGCAGGAGCCGGUGGGGCGCGCAGAAGCAGAUUUCAGCCGCUUUGAUGUUAAGACGGUGAUAAGGAACAUCUACAUUCUGUUCUCUAGAAGUGAGAUUCCAAUAGCUGCUGCUGAUCAAGAAAUCAUGGAUUUGUUUGACCCUGCAACUCCUCUACCACCAUGGUUUUCUGAGGAAGAUCUCUCAGUCUAUGCAUCUUUGUAUGAGAAAUCUGGAUUCCGUUAUCCUUUGCGAGUUCCUUACAGAACUUUGGCAGUAGAUUGCGGUUUAACUGAUCCAAAAGUCUCAGCUCCAUCACUGCUUAUCGUGG